AUGUCUGUUCGUACGAUUCUUGCAGAUACGCCCGAGCUAUUGCGACGUGCCUAUGAUUUGAGGCUCGAGGUGUUUACGGGGGAGCAGGGCUACGACCCAGAGGUAGACUCGUAUGACCGCGUAGCCGUGCCCAUGCUGCUUCAACACGAGGGUACGCAAGACGUUGUCGGCGUGAUACGUAUUCUCCCGGCGCCAUUGCCCAAGAUCAAGCACGAGUUCUACGCACGUUCAGAGCUAGUUUCCGAUGCUCUUCCUGGUACAGGCCGCUCAGAAGCCGAUAUGAAGGCUAGCUUCCUCGAGCACCAAGUAGUGCAAGAGGAUGAGCGCGGCGUGCGCUGGUACUCAGGAGCCAAGAUCGGACGACUGGCUGUGAAGCGUGAUUUUCGCGGCCAAGGAUAUGGCCGUAUCAUCUUGCGUGAUGCCGAAGAGUGGGUCAGGCGUACUGUACAGGAGAGUCAGACGGCUUCUGGCCGCUUCGGCGUCGCGUUCCAGCUCAGCUCCCAAGAGCCGGUGCGAGGCUUUUAUGAGGCAGAAGGCUACCGCAUUGUCGGCGAUGUAUACCUGGAGGAGGGACAACCGCACAUCCACUGUGAGAAGCGUGUCCUUGUCGGCGAGGUGUAG